AUGGCAUGCUCUCGUCUUGGACCACUGCUAAUUGUUGCCAAUGGAAAGCAACAUAACUCACCACAUACUGGUGGAACAAUUCCAAGCCAGUUUGGUCUUCUUUCACAUUUGAAUUACUUAAAUCUUGAAUGGAAUUCCCUGGAGGGUUCAAUCCCUUAUCAACUUGGAAAUCUCUCCAAGUUGCAUCAUCUAGAUCUUAAGGGUAACUCUUUAGAAGAAAAUGUACCUUCUCAACUUGGAAAACUGUCAAACUUGCAGAAGCUUUAUCUUGGAUAUGGUGGGACUCUCAAACUUCAUGAUGGAGCUUUUUGCCUUUCUGAUCAUUUCAUCCAUUCAUUGAGCCCUUCAAAGUUCAAUUCUUCUACUUCCCUUUCAGUCUUUGACCUUUCUUGGAACAAGUUUACAUCAUCCAUGAUAUUCCAAUUGGUGUCAAAUAUCAGUUAUAAUCUUUUUGAGCUUGACCUCUGUGGUAAUAACCUCUUGGAGGCUCCUACAUCAAAUCAUUUUGGUUUGAUGAUGCAUUUUCUUGACCGGCUAGAUCUCUCCUCUAAUAGACUUAAGGGUGGGGCGAUAAAAUCCUUCAUGGAUAUGAGCACCUUACAAUAUUUAAAUAUGUAUGGAAAUAAUAUGACUGAAGACCUUUCAUCAAUCGUUAAUAACUUAUCUGGUGGCUGUGUGAGGCACUCAUUACGAGAGUUUUAUCUAAGUUACAAUCAAAUGACUGGCUCCUUACCUGACUUUUCAAUGUUCUCCAAUUUGAAAAUAUUGGAUCUUUCUGUGAACCGGUUGAGUGGAAAGAUACCUGAUAGUAGCAAAUUUCCACCUCGGUUGGAGUCUCUAUCACUUGAAUCAAACUCAUUGGAAGGUGGAGUUCCAAAAUCAUUGGGGAGCACAUGUACUUUACGAUCGUUACACCUUUCAAAUAACAGUUUCAAUGAAGAGCUUCCACUGAUAAUGCUAAACUUGUCAGGAUGUGCUAGAUCCUCACUACAAGAGUUAGAACUGAGAAUGAAUCAAAUCAACGGUACACUUCCAGACUUCUCAGUAUUCUCAUCUUUAAAAACUUUAUCUCUCGAUGAAAACAGGCUAAAUGAUUCUGUUCCGGAAUGGUUUUGGAGUAAAGUUGCAAUACAAGGAUUGACGAAAAUGACUAUUUCAUUCAAUAAACUCAAAGAUUGGACAUACAUGAACUACUAUGAUUUGUAUUCAUUGUUGACAUGGAAAGGUGCAGAUCAUAUAUUCUUAAACAAUGAGUUAUUGUUGUUGAAAAGCAUUGAUCUUUCAAGCAACNAAUUAUCAGAAGAAAUUCCAAUUGAGAUAGAGGAUUUGAUUGANCUCAUAUCAUUAAAUUUAUCAAGAAACAAUUUGACAGGAAAAAUUCCCUCUAAUAUUGGAAGGCUAACCUCACUUGAAUUUCUUGAUUUGUCAAGAAACCAAAUAUUGGGUUCAAUUCCUACUAGCCUUACCCAAAUUGAUUGGCUUACCAUGUUGGAUUUAUCUCAUAAUAAUUUAUCAGGACAAAUUCCAAUUGGCACUCAACUACAAAGUUUUGAGGCUUCGAGUUAUGAAUAUAAUUCCAAUCUUUGUGGGAAGCCACUUGACAAAUUGUGUGGCGCAGAGGAACCACCACAUGAAGCAAAUGUUGAUGAAUCAAAGGAAGAUGAAAAUUUUUCUGUUAAUGGUGCAUUUUAUGUGAGUAUGAUACUUGGAUUCAUUACAGGCUUAUGUGUAACUUGUGGCUCCAAUUUGUUCAAUUGUCCAUGGCGACAACUAUAUUUUAGGUUCUUGAACAACUUAACCGACAAUAUCUAUCGCAUGAUCACAGCAAAAGUUCNGAAUUACAAGNGGUAG